CCUUCCACGAGCAGGCUUCAACGUCAGCUUUGUCGCGAGCUCAACACCAAAACCUCACGUCCUGUCCUACAUGUGCCUCACUUCACCUUCCAGAACCCUGUCAGUACUUCGUGGCAGCAUCUGAGGGCAUUUCGUCACCAUGGAGCUCUUCCGAUCUCUUUUCGUCGUCCUCGGCGCCAUAUCAACACUCGCGCGCGCCGAUCUGAACGUCUGGCUCACGACUGGCCUCAGUGUUCUCAUGAAGCUCGACACGCCGGGCCUUCCUCUCACACAAUACAAUCCCGACACAUCCACGUGGGACAUCAUAUCCGCCAACAGCUCACUCCUUUUCAACUUCACCAUCACAAACAACAACCAAACCCUCCUCCUGAACUCAUUACCCAUCUACCCCCUCGACAACUACAACAUCCCACCCGUCCUCUCAGCGCUCAACAUCCCCGACGACGUCCCAAUCGACGGCUUAAAGCUCCUCCCUUCAACAAGCGCAUACCGCACCGUGACCCUCGACUACGACCGCCUCAUGUCCUCCCGCGACGACCCCUCCAUCAUAUACUACAACCCGGCGCCCAAACUGACCCUCAACAUCCUCGGCGCAUCCAGCUACCUCCUUGACGUCCCAUCCCAGUCCGUCCUUCAAAUCUCCAUGCUCGAUAUUCACCACACAACAUCUAUAUCACCGAUGCGCAGCUACAACAUCCAAUCCGCGUCGUUCAUCGCGCGCGCGCCAGAAACUCGCCGACCGGACGAUUCAUACGUGCAUCCGCAUCCACACUAUGCGAAUGCGUGUUCGUGGUGGUACUACCGAUGCGCUGAUUUUGACGAUCCGCCGUAUUAUCGCUUCGUGUGGCGCGCUGAGUUUGAUAGUAAUGGACGGAUUGGAUCGUUGCGCCAUUCCAUAGUGGCAGUACUGCACAGCACGCCGUAUAUAUUUGGUGUGUCGUGGGUGGCGUGGAUACUUGUUUUUAUGGGCGGUUUGGCUGGGGGAAUGCUUGGUGGGGCGUUUUUUCGAGUGUUGCGGUGGGUGCGUGCGAAGAGCACUGAGCGGCAAGACGAGGAGGAGGCUGGACAGGGGCUUUUGGAUGGGAUGGAGGAGAGUGCGGUGCUGGGGCCGAGGGCGGGGGAAUACCUGUUGGAACCAAGGGAGAGGGUGGAAGAAGAGGCACCGCCGAGUUACGAUAUUGCGACAAAGGAGUUGCCGCCUUUACCGGUUGUUGAAGGUGAUGAUAGCGAACAUGGUAGUGUACAGGCCGCCGCAAGGAGCAUCGAGUGAACUAUAUGUUAUGCAGACUCUGGUAGAUAAUUAGACUCAGACUCAAAAGACGACGUGUGAUAGACAGUGCGAUAUCACACUUUCACGAGCA